GGGAGGAGAGUGGAGUGGAGCCGAGCGGGACACUUUAACGAGGAUAAAUCGGAUUAUUGGUUUGGAUUUCCAGUCAUGACUUUUGAAGAAGUUUGUGGACAAGACAACGGGACCAAUACGAGCGACAGGAUGCGCAGUGCAGGUUCAGCACUCGAGGAGCUGCUGCUCUCCGCCAAGAAGAACGACUGUCUCACAGUUGGAGUCUACGAGUCUGCGAAGGUCAUGAAUGUUGACCCGGACAGCGUGGCGUUCUGCGUGCUGGCGACAGACGAGGAGUACGAGUGCGACAUCGCCCUGCAGAUACACUUCACCCUCAUCCAGGCUUUCUGCUUCGACAACGACAUCAACAUCGUCCGGGUGAGCGACAUCGACAGGCUCGCCGACAUCGUGGGCAGCGACGAGACCGGCGAACCAAAGGACGCCCACUGCAUCCUUGUAACGAACCCUGAUCUGGAAUCCUGGAAAGACCCGUCUCUGGAAAAGCUGAGUCUGUUCUGCGAGGAGAGGCGCGGCGCGUACGAGUGGGUUCCAGCUAUCACUCUUCCAGAACGCUGAAGGCCGCGGGAUCUUAUGAGGCAGGAAAGUACGUGAAACUUCUAGGUGCGGAGUCCUGAAGUUGUCUGGAUUAUCCUGGAUUAUCCCAUCCAGAGAGACGGACUGAACCAGCAUGUGGGCGUCAGUCUGCGCCGUAGGAAACACGCGGUCAGUGGACUAGUGUGGCCUAAAAAAGCUGUUUGCCCGAUGCCGCUUGGCGGAGACGAUGCCGAGGAAGGUGGGGUUGAGGACGGAGUGCAGGAGCUGUGGAGGAAUUACCGGAAGCGUGUUCUCUGGAGGAAUGUGGGAUGAUGGGGAAGCAGAAGAAAGCGAGAUGAAGGGAAAAGAUUUAUUUUUUAUGAAGGACUUGCGCUUUAGUGCUUAUGGUUUGGAGACGUUGAUUGAUUAACUUGCAUGGACUGGAUAGUUACUUUGACUGGGAGGUCGUUCGAUCAGCCCACCGUGGACUGCAGCACUUCCGUGUUCAUGAACUUGGCCGGUCUGGUCAUGAACAGGCUUGAUUUGAUUGGUCGCUUUGUUUGGGUGAUGUUCCUCACCUGUUUCAUUCUUGUUUUUCUUUAUUUUGUGAGUGACAUUUGUGAUGCAAUGUCAGCAGAUGGCGGAGCUGCGAAAGCAACUCUGUUUUGGAAACUUCAAUAAAUGUGUUCAGAUUGAAAA